AUGGCGCCGACUAUCCUUAAGAUCCACAUUCCGCUCCCCCAUCCCGAGAGGAGCAAGAACACGACAUCCUAUCCAGCUCCCAAAGAUAGUGGCGCCGACGACGACACUGACGAUGGCAGUGACGAAGAGACGGAGGAGGAGCAGGAGGAAGACGACGAUGACGAUGGGUAUCUGACUGAUGAUGGCACACAUGUCUAUUCGUCCGACAGUGACACCAGUGAUGGCGAACUUCUGGACGACUAUUAA